AUGGAAGAUGAAUGGAGAAAAAAGAAUAAGAAGCUGGAACAACUGCGAAAAGAGAAAAAGAAGAGAAAAGACUCAGAUGAUGAAUCGAAAUAUAAAAUACAUCAUAUUUUCCAUGACAGACUGACCAACUUAUCAAAGGUACAUUUCAAUAAAAAUGAAAUGAAAAUUCUCAACAAAAGUAACAAAUAUGCCCCCAAAAAAGAACCAAGCUUACGAAGAACUGCAUUGGAAAUUGAGGCUACAAUUAAAGGUAAACCUAAUGAAGGAAACAUUUCAAGAGAAAUACAACAGUUAUUGAUCGGGGAAGAAAUUAAAAGAGAUAGAGACAAACUCCAAAACGAGAACAAGAAGAAAAGAACAUUAAGAGAAGAGCAGAGGAAAGAAACAACAACAAUACAAGACAUAAAGAGAAAAGUAAAAGACAACCAACUGAUAAUCACCAAGGGAGAUAAAAAUGCAG